AUGGACGUGGUUAAGGCCACGCAUGCGGAUCUGAAUCCCGUCCUGGAUCUUGCUGAUAUCGUCGGUCCAGCCGUGGGUGCCGGUGAUGGCCAGGAACGGGACCCCGAUCUCAUUCGCGACUUUGAUCUGUGGGGGUUAGACUUUGGUCAAUGUCUUUUCAGCUACGUCGACAACGGCGAGAUAGCCUGGGUUGACACGGGGGGCAGCAGCACGACGCGUAACAUCAGCCCAUCUUUCGGAGUCGGGAAAGACAAUUGCCGCGUUCUCGGAGAGCUGAGGCGUGAGGAGCUCCUUGAUUUGUGCCAACUUCGCCUCGGCGGUGCCGUUGGAUGGCACUGCGGCCUAGACGGCGAAGCCGAAGAGGGCAGUUGCCAGGAUGCUGAAGAACAUCUUUGA